CGCGUGCUUGAUGGACAUGAACGCGCUGCUGGACCGAUUCCACAACUACAUCCUCCCGCACCUGCGGGGCGAGGACCGCGUAUGCCACUGCAACUGCGGCCGGCACCACGUGCACUACGUGAUCCCGUACGAUGGGGACCAGUCGGUGGUGGACGCCGCGGAGAACUACUUUGUGACGGACAAUGUGACCAAGCAGGAGAUCGACCUCAUGCUGGGGCUGCUGCUCGGCUUCUGCAUCAGCUGGUUCCUCGUGUGGGUGGACGGUGUCCUGCACUGCGCCGUGCGUGCCUGGAGGGCCGGCCGGCGCUACGACGGUUCGUGGACCUGGCUGCCCAAGUUCUGUAGCCUGAGGGAGUUUGGCCGGCGGCCGCACAGGCCCUACGAGGAGGCUGCGGGGAACAUGGUGCACGUGAAGCAGAAACUCUAUCACAAUGGCCACCCCAGCCCACGGCACCUUUGAGCCACCUGCAGGACUUGCCAGGGCACACUCAGCUGCUGGCCACUGUACAGAUGUGACAAGGACCUUUGCAGCACCAUGGCCAGGCAGGACUGGACAGCGGCCUUGGGCCACGGUGGCCGGCCUCAGGCAGCAGAGCCUGGGCGGUCGGGCAUCUCCAGCAGAAGG